AGCGGCCAAGGCACCAUGGCCGACGAUGGCGGCCCUGAGGAGGCACUCAGUCCGCGGGGCUCCCCGAGCCGGGCGCCGCGGGCUCAGCGUGCGGUCGGGGCGGGCGGCGGCGGCGGCGGCGGCGGGGAGACCCCGCGGACAGCGGCGCUGGCGCUGCGCUUCGACAAGCCCAUCAAGCAGGCCUUCUACAACACCGGGGCCGUGCUGUUCGUGUGUCUGUGCUGCGGCGCCGCCGUGCUGGUCUACUUCAUCCUGGAGGCCUUCCUGCGCCCGCUGCUCUGGGCGGUGCUGUGCGGCACCUUCCUGCACCCCUUCAAGAGCUCGCUGACGCGCCUGGGGCGCCACUGGCUGCAGCGCCUGCACCGCGCGCACACGCCCAUCGUGCUGGCCGCGCUGCUGCUGCCCAUCUGCUUCGCGGACUACGGCGUGGAGGCCCUGGGCGAGCAGGCGCUGCGCCGCCGCCGCCUGCUGCUGCUGCUGGGCGCCGGCGGCCCGCUCCUUUACGGCCUCUACAGCCUGGGCAGCUACCUGGGCGUGCAGGUGCUGCUGGCGCACGCCGGCGCGCUCAUCUGCCGCGGGCUGGACUACUUCAACAGCCUGUGGAUCUGGACCUUGGUAGUUGGCUAUGUGUUGGCUGUUUCAUUCAAGUGGAAUGCAAGCACUGAACGCUACUUGAGAGCAAUGUCAAUUCCUGUCUGGAUUAUAUUGCUUUUUCAUUUAGCAUCCUUGGCUGGCUCAUGGAGAAUUCCAGUAUUCCUGGUUAUUGUUUUCCUGAUGUCUGUGGGCACCCUCUAUGAAAAACAGAAUGGAAAAGAGUCUUCUGGAGCAGAGCUGCCGGGACAAGUCAUCUCUAUGGCAGCUUCUACUCUAGCAACCUUGGCCAUCUCCAUCACAGGGUAUGAGUCGAGCUCUGAGGACCACACCUCUACCCAGCCUGCAGGGACAGAAACCAUGGACAGAGGAGAACCCCCUUCAACACUGGCCUCAGCUUCUUCACCCGCCUCCCCUUCACCCACCCUGGGCAGACAGAGACCUGAAGUUGGCACGUUUCUUAGGAAGAAGAAAACUAGUGACAUCUACUUCGUGUCUCUCCUUUGGGCCAUCGUCGGAGUCCAGAUCUGGUCCAACCUGUGGAUUGUACAGUUGCUGCCCGUGCCUAUUGCAGUCUGGGUCCUCAAAAAGCUUGUUAUUCACUUUGGCGUUGUGAACUUCCUGGAGAAGCGCGGCGCUGUGUGGUGGCAGGUGAUAGAGCACUUCCUGAAGGAGCGGCAGGAAGCCCUGGCCCCGUGGCCAAUUAUCGGGCUCGGAAAAUUCUUGUUAAAAGUUGAUAGCAAGAUGAUCAUCUGGUUGGAGAAGAUGUUAGACAAAAUAAUUAGCAUUUUCAUCAUAUUUUUGUUAGUGAUAGGAACACUUCUUUUAGCCCUACUCCUGACUGCAAAGGUACAUCAAGAGAGUGUACACAUGAUUGAAGUCACAAGCAAUUUGAUUAAUGAAACUCUAGCAAAUCAUCCCGAGUGGGCAAAUUGGCUUCCUGAGGCUCAGGUUGUCCAAAGAGCCCUUAAUUCUGCAGCCAACAACGUGUAUCAGUAUGGACGAGAAUGGAUAACCCACAAGCUUCAUAAAAUUCUUGGAGAUAAGGUGAAUAAUACGGCCGUAAUUGAAAAACAAGUACUAGAACUUUGGGAUAGGCUGUAUCAUUCUUGGUUUGUAAAGAACGUAUCGCACUCUGGAAGGCACAGAGGACACAAGCUGCACAUAAGUCGUCAGAAUAGCUGGCUGGGGGACAUUCUCGACUGGCAGGAUAUCGCUUCCUUUGUCCAUGAGAACAUUGAGACCUUUCUUUCGAUCUUAGAGUCUCUGUGGAUCGUCAUGAGCCGGAACGUGAGCCUGCUCUUCACCACCGUCACCACGCUCCUGACCAUCCUCUUUUACAGCGGGACUGCCCUCCUCAACUUUGUCCUGUCGCUGAUAAUUUUCCUGACCACACUAUUUUAUCUGUUAAGUUCCAGUGAUGAGUACUACAAGCCCGUGAAGUGGGUGAUAAGCCUGACACCACUAUCUCAGCCAGGCCCUUCUUCUAAUAUUAUUGGCCAGUCUGUGGAAGAAGCUAUCAGAGGGGUGUUUGAUGCUUCCCUCAAAAUGGCUGGCUUCUAUGGAUUAUAUACCUGGCUGACUCAUACUAUAUUUGGCAUCAAUAUUGUCUUCAUACCAUCAGCCUUAGCAGCAAUCCUUGGAGCAGUGCCAUUUCUGGGCACAUACUGGGCAGCAGUACCUGCAGUUCUUGAUCUGUGGCUCACCCAAGGCUUAGGAUGCAAAGCCAUCUUACUGUUGGUUUUUCAUCUCUUGCCAACCUACUUUGUAGAUACUGCCAUCUACUCUGAUAUAUCAGGAGGUGGCCAUCCUUACUUGACGGGCCUGGCAGUGGCUGGUGGAGCGUACUACCUGGGCCUGGAAGGAGCGAUCAUUGGGCCCAUACUUCUCUGCAUACUCGUGGUUGCUUCCAAUAUCUACAGUGCCAUGCUAGUGAGUCCCACGAACUCCGUGCCCACACCCAACCAGACCCCAUGGCCUGCUCAGACUCAGCGGACUUUCCGUGACAUUUCUGAAGACCUGAAACCUUCGGUAGACUGACUUGGUUUCCAACCACAGUGAUUUCUCUAAGGAAAUUCAGCCUUGACUGUGAGUUCAGCUCAGCUGUGGCCUCCUGUCUUUUCAGCGGUGCCUGGCAGACAGACCCCAGGACGAGACGCAGGAGCCUCCGGGCCUUUGGUACCGGCUGCCUGGACAGCAGAGGCCUGGCUGUGGGCUGCCUUGCAUUUUGAAGCACAGCUUUAGAGCUCUGAAAUGUGGUUUACUCACUUAAGUGUUGCUAAGAUGGCUUGAAAAGUUUCAGUUUAUACACUGGUAUUGUGGCUUGAAAUUUUCCCACUUUGGUUAUCUAUAUUAUAAUACAUAUUUAUAACUUUUUUUUUUUUUUAAGAGCCGUAAACUACCUGCUGUAUAUAGUGUGAUUUUCUCCUCUUUUAAGAAAUCUGUCCUUAAACUUUUCUACGACAGUCACUUCUCAAUGAAGAGGGCUUUUACUUUGGAGAAGGUAGUUGCUUGAGCAGGAAAAAAUGAGUCUUCUCCCUUCUUCCACAAUGUAUGGUCCUCUCAUAAGAAAGAUCAAGUCUUCAGUGUAAGGGUGGGUAGCUUAUUUGAAGUUCAGUUAGUUGUAUGUUGCAGCCAAUGCAGUAGAAAGACUGAAGCCCUCCCUCCCCUUCUCCCUCCACCCUUUAUCACUCUAUUGCCAAAUUUCUAAAACUUGGCUGACCACACUGACAUUAAUUAAGUAUUAAGCUGCUAUUAAUGGUAACAAUAUGAUACAAUUCAUGUUGUGAUUUUUUUUUUUUUUCUUUCCAAAUGUUUUAAGUAAAAAAAUCUCAGGGGCAGCAGUGUUGUGAUUUGUUAAAUGUCUCUGUUUUACUAUUUAGAUUUUGGCCAAUUAGUUACUUACUAGCAUAAAAUUUUGUAUCUGUGCAGUAUUUUCCCAUCAUUUAGCACAGUGCCUUGCACACAGACUCUAGAUGAAUGCUUGUUGAAUUAAAUUGUGACUUUUAAAAUAUCUCAGAUAUCACAAUAACCAGCAUACUGCUCUACAUUUUACAAAAUCUUUUCGCACGUAUUAUUUCACAGUCACUUCACAUCAGCAUUCAUUCAGCUUCAUAUUAUUUUACGUUUCACACAGAUGGGGAAGCUAAGGUUCAGAAAAGUGACCAAGUCUCCAAGUCAUGAGGUUUAGUAAAAUUUGACCUCAGAUCUUCCUGACUCAACAGUCUGCCAACCUUGCUAUACUCCAGUGACUCCCUUAGUAUCUUAGCACAGUUUUCCCAGUGCUUUGGGGUAGAAUCAUGUCCUGUUCUAUUGCAUAGACUACAGUUAAUGACAGGGCCAGGACGUCAGAACCCAGCUUUACCUUUGCGCCCUUUCUCCUUUGUAAAACAACCUUCAGCCUCUUUCUCUGUCCCCAAGGGAGUAUUCAGUAUGGAGAGGAUUCUUAAGUAACAAAGAUUUCCUUUUUGGAAAAACAUCUAAAAGUAGAAAUCCUUUUUUCUAAAACUUUCUUUUCUCAUUAAGAAGCAUAAUUAAUGAUAAUUACAUUAAAUUUAUUCUGAUAUUAAGAAAAACUUGCUCUAGAAAAGAGGCUACUGCGAGGUCUUUGUUUAUACAUAAACUAUAUGCAGAUCUCUUAUAUUUCCUAUGAAUCCUUCAACAGUUACAGUCUGAUAUUCCACCAAGUGCUACAUUUGGCAUUAAUUAACUCAUUCUUUUCUUUAAUCACUUGUUCAGUCAUUCAUUCUUUAAAGCAUUGGUUGAGAGUUUCCCAAACUCUGGGUUCCAUAGUGGGCACUGUACAGAGUGUUGUAGGGGCUAACUCAUAAGAAGGCCUUCUCUUAACUCAUAAGAAGGCCUUGAAUCUUAGCCAGAUUAUGUGUAUUGCUAAAAUUAAAAAUGUUGCAUUAAAAGUUUUAAGAAAGAAGUCAGGUUUGUUUUUGCUAAUGAUAAAAUGACAAGUUUAUAGCUGUGAUUAGCACAUAUUUAUAAGAGGCAAAUAUUAUGCACAAUGAGUUAGUGUGCAUAUAUAAAUUAUGUUCCUCCAAAGUGUUUUUAGCUGUAUAAAGUGAAAUGGUAAACAUAUAAACUUGAGGUAAUAUAUGGUUCUUCCUGAUCAUAAUUAUUAGUAUGACUACUAGGUCUUUAGAGGGGGACUCUGAGCCCUAAGAGAACGGUUUAGAGCUGUCAAAAUUGGUUCUGAUGUAGUAUCACCCUGAAAUAUCAAGAGCAGAGGUGCCCCAGACUACUACCCAGUCACAUCAGGAAACUUGAACUGCCCCAGUGCUCCAGCAAGAUGAUCUCAGGAUUUGACCCAGAAAGAGAAAGAGUUUUUAGUUUCCCUAAAAACAGACAAUUGAUGAAGUAGAAGUAGCUUCAGUAAAAGCUAAGUACCGAAAUCCUAUCACAGUGUUCUAUCACUGUGACAGAACACAUUUUAUCACUUUAUUAAAGAGAAGUUUGAAGGUCACAUUCACUACUCAGCUGUAAGCUGAAUGGAGGGGAAAAAAGCUCCCCACACAGUAUGCUCCUCUCUUUUCCGAGAGAGAAUGGGGCAUAGAAUUUUCAGCAUAAACCCAUGCCAUGUAAGUCCAGCGUCAGUUCCAGAAUUUCUGUCACAUUCUCUGUUUCUGGAAGUGAUCUCUGCCAGACUGCCUUAGAUACCAGUUUUAUUUAUUUUUAAGUUUGCAGGAAUUCUUAACACCCCUUUCCAUUAAAGGUGGUUAGCUGGCAGAGUUUUCCCUUGACUUCUGAGACCGGUGCAGAUUGACCCUUGAUGCCCAGGAAGCGCUACUUAAACUGAGUAGCUCUGGAAACGGCAGUUUGUUCCAGUUGGAGGGCUUAGCUGAGGGCCUCUGGCUAACCUUGGGCUUAAUAAGAACCCGCUGAGACCCACCUGGACUUCCUAGCACCCCUGGUUCCACUUCGGUUGUAUUCAGCGUUUCGGGACGUGUCACUGCCGAGCCAGAUUUACUCAGAAAUUCAGGCCGUGAGGGGUUAGCCUAGAGCAAAGUAAUGUCAGGUGAGCUCACCAGAGGUUUCAACCUCAAAGCUUACAGGAAACCUGCAGUCUCCACUAAGGGUCUUCAAGACCCUUAUAAAAGUAUUAGAGUAAGCAUUUUGCAGUAGAAAUAGCCCCUGGCAACAUAGUUCCAAAUGUUAGUUCCAGCCAAGGACAAGUAUUUUUUUGUUUUUAUGUAUUUCUUGUCUUUGCACAUUUUUCCAUCAAAAUAUAUUCUUUUCAUUAACUUAUGCACACAUGCAUGCUAAGUCACUUCAGUCGUGUCUGACUCUUUGCGACCCCGUGGACUAUAGCCUGCCAACCUCCUCUGUCCGUGGAAUUCUCCAGGCAAGAAUACUGGAGUGAGUUGCCAUUUCCUCUUCCAGGGGAUCUUCCUGACCCAGGGAUCGAACCUGAGUAUACUGCAUCUCCUGGAUUGUCAGGCAGAUUCUUUACCGCUAGCGCCACCUGGGAAGCCCCAAGAGGAAGUUAGUGUUCAGUAAUUAUGUUUCAAAAUCUCAUUUUAUUUGGAAAUGAUCUAGCUAUUCAAUAAACUUUCAUCACUUAGUUUAGUUACUCCAAUCUGGAGAGACUGUUUUAGAUAGACUUUCCUAAAGUAUAAUUAAUCUUUUUUUUAAUAGUUAUUCUUAGUAGAGUUUGUCCAAAAGCUCUUGUCUCAUCUAUAGUUUUCUUUUUUAAAGUUUCUUCAUAAAAAAAAGUUUCUUCACUCAAGUUACUUUCCUUGUUGACAAAUUUAGCUUACAUUAACUUAAGAUCUGCGAAAAAAACUACUCAUGCUAUAUGAAACCACUAAACAGUUAAUUUUUUCAGUAGUUUAAAAAUCAGAGAAUUAUAAACCAACAUGUUCUGUCUGCCUCCUGGAGUCAUAGAAAUUCUGUGCUAGAAUAGGCUUUAUAUAAUUAGGUGAUCCUGUCAUUUAACAGAGAAGGAAACAAGUCCACAGGUCGAAGUGUCUUUUCUAACACGGCGCCCAUCAGUGACAACUCAGAGUCGAGUCAGUUCUUUUUUCUCUCAGUCCAUUGUUCUACUUCUCUUCCUUUCCCUCCUAGUUGAGUUGUUGUUCUGUCGCUAAGUCCUGUCCAACACUUUGCGACCCCAUGCAGCUUGCCAGUUUUGGGAAAAAUGUGUUCCUUGUAGCAGUAGUUCCAAGGAAUGUUGUUAGAUGUUCUGAGUGAAUGAAACAGUAUAUGGAGUUGGGGGAAGGGACUCCAUGGUCAGUUAAAAUUGAGGAAUGCUGAAUUUGUUUCCUUUCUGAAGUAGGACUUCGAAGAGUUUUUAACAUGCUAUUAUAUAUUGUGAAUUUAUAAGAGGGGACAAAGACUCUGUUUACGAGACUUAUUUGACCUUAAACUACUCCUUCAUCCUCUUUUUCUCAGAGCAUCUCAAAGAACUUGGGGUCCUUUGGGAAACAUGGCUCUCAAUAAAAGUUUACAGCUCUUUUAGAAGACAUCCAUAAUAGAAUUCUGAAUGGCAGGCACAUCUACCAUGUAAACUGUAAUAUAUCUCAAAGUUUAGUGAAAUACCAGAAAAAAACCGUGUUUGCCAUUCAGAGCUAUACAUCAAGUAUAGAGAUUCUUUUCCACCUAUGGUGUGUAAAGUCAGUAUUUGUGUUUUACUUCUGAAAGUUUUUCAAAGAUCAGUUAGAGUGCAGAUGCAGUGGUGAUAUAUUGAUAUGACAUUUUAAUAAUACUUUUGUAUUGCACUUUAUAGGUUUCAGACUGCUUUCCUAACAACCCUGUGAGAUAGGCAGGCAUCAAGUUAUUAUCAGAUCAAAGCUCAGAAAGUUUUUUUGUGAUUUUCCCCUUAAGUUUAUACCACGAAAUGAUGGAGCCAGAAUUCAGUUGCAGAAAUUCUGACUCCAAGUCCAGAGUUCUUUAUGCCACACUUGGUUUCUUACUUUUUAUUCUAGCUUUAUAUUUUACUCUGAAAGCUGUGGUAGCAAAUUUUAAAACAUUGUUUUGGCUUAUUAUCAAAUACUAUUUUUAAUGGCAGUGACCCAGAAAACGUAACUCCGAUUGUAAUUAUUCCAAAGGAAACCCUUCUUUUGUGCUUUGCAGUGCCACUUGUCUAGGUGAUUGGAGUGUAUUUCAAAUACCAUUUGAUUUUGAAGCCGAGAUUGGAUGUAUAGUUGUUAUUGCUCAUGUAACUUUUGGAAAAUGUAUCAUCUCUGCAUUCUCAGGCAAAGUAGAGAUGGUUUGAAAGUAAAAAAGAUUAUUCAAAUGUAACCAUGUGUCUUUAUUCUCACAAAUGCUGUUUCUUAGCUUUAACUUGCUUUGACAACCUACUGAUGUAACAUCUUUGUAAAUGUAAAAAUAUUUAUAUUUUGAAAUAAAAUUACUAGUGUUGAAUGAA